CCGCGUGCACCCACCGCCCGUCGACGAUCUCUCGCCGUUGCCGGCAAACUCGAACGACCUCUUUUCGCUAACUAACGUCGCACCCGCGCCUGACUCCCGCCGCGGAACUGCACUCGAUAUCCACGCGACUCUCCCGCAUAUGAACGUUGUCAACUGAGCGCGUCGAUAUCUUUGAAAUAUUGUAGACAUUUUUGAAUUGGAAAAAAAAUACUGUUCACACCGAAAAGUAGUUGGAUUUAGUGUAACUUUGGAUUAUGUUACUUGAGGAAGUGAGACCGCCCUCCGAGUGAGGCGGCAUGGCAGUGUAGGCGGCGCGAGCGCACAGCGGUGAUGCGGGUCCGAGGAUGGGCGAACUGCGCGGGCGCGUAGCGUGCGGGCAAUGGAUUGCUGCGGCCACCCGCCCGGCCAGUACGGCGCGGGCGCCGGGAGCUGGGACUACGGUCCGUACGCGCCGCUGCCGUAUGCGUCGUACGCCCACUACUAUCCGCCGCACCAUGACCCUUACCGCUACUACCGCUACGACUACCCUGCACACCAUUCUCACCAUAACGACCAUGUCAUGUCUAUGGAUUACGGGUCGUACGCUUCGAAGGAGGCACGUGUACGUCGCGCGCUAGCGCGUAGAGAUGCGCGCGCGCACACGCCUUCGCAUCACCUGCCGCAUCCGCAUACUCCGCCCUUGGAAUGUGGGAUGAAUAGCCGCCCUGCCUACUGCGAACCGCAGAUGUGGCCUCAUUAUCAGAUGGGCCUCGGCGGGGGUUGGGGCGGCGCGAACGCAGUGUCCGGCGGAUGGAUGGGGCGGAAUGCUUGCUCUCGCGAGCACAUGCGCUAUCCUGCUGAUUGCCGACCCGUCAAGGUGUCACAUAUGCCUCCUCAAAAUCAAGUGUGCCAUCCAGAAGGAAGAUCAACUCCAUAUCCUGUUUACGAGGACACACGUUACAAUGGAGAAAGCACCGUGCGGCAACAGAACACCCCAGAACUUCCAGCAACAGGGCCGGUCCCAGUGGAGGCAUCAAGGACAGCGCGUGACUGCUUUUAUCCGGAGCCUCGCCGCUCACCCCCCGAAGAGAAACGUCCUCCAGUUGUACCGCUACCUGCAUUUCAACAAGCCUUUGGUUCCACAGAGAUAGGGAAAUUCGCCGAGGCGUUUAGUCGCACAGAAAUAGCUCUGGAGGACGCCUCCAACGAAAAUUUCUCGUUCGAAUCCUUCCCCGAGUGGGACGGCUCAACCGAGCCUCAGUGGUCCACACAGCCUGCCUCACGGGAAAUCAAAUGCGAAGACAGCUAUUGAAAAGGGAUAUCUUCGCUCUAGUGCUAAUUUUGGGCGAAUUUGCCUUUAGGUAAUUAGACAAUUGUUCCACCACCACGUUGCCAAAACGAGUAGCUGCGAUGAUAAUUGCAAUGUCAUAGAACUUUAGAAUGUGAUAACAUAACUAUCGUGUACUAAAUGAAUCGGUCGGAUAGUAGUGGUGUGACGUCUAAUUUAUAUAAAGUAGAUUAUUAGUAAGUUAUUCCCUUUAACUAGUUUUAGCCCAGUCUUAAAAAGAAGCGAUGAAACUUGGAUAAAGGGGACGGAUAACUUAGGUACAGCAGUACAUAGGAUAACAAAAUGAUCAUGACUCGAUGUGCCUUUAUUCGGACAACCGGCUGCCCAGCGCGCGGCGCCCCCCGCGCACCGCCCGCCCGCCCCGCGACGGCAAGCACACAAAAUUACUACAAUAGCAAUUAUAGGGACCAACGUUUAGACAAAUAUACACGACCCUGUCGCUACAAUACCGUGUGCAAUAAGCUCAACGAAAUGUUUUAUGAAAGUUCUAUGAAGAAAUGAAAUGCAAAAUGUCAUUAAAAAUUAUCGUCUAGAUAGCAUAAGAAAACGAUAAAAUUUUCUUCCUUUUGCUCUACUUCCAUAAUAGUUCACAAUCAAAAAUGAACAUUGUAACUAUAAUAUAAUGUCUUGUGUCGUCCGAUUUAAAUGUACUUCGAAUAACGUCUCUAUGUUUGUAGAGCUACGACUUCGAAACAGAAUGUCUUUCCAAUUCUGAUGAUAAAUUAGUACAAAACUUACUUCUUGCAACUGUAACAUAAAAAAAACAUUAUUAGUAAAAUUGAAACAUUGUCUACAAUGUGUGCCCCACAUAUGCCGCGCGGAAUCAAAGUAAACCUUCUAAAUUUCUGCAGGUAACAGUCAUGUGUGUACCUUCGUGUUUACUUACUCGUAGGUAGUUAAAUUUGAUAAAAAUUUUAAAGAGAUUACUUAUGAAUAAAAUGGCUUUUUAAUUAAAAUAAUUAGGGGUCCAACAACUUUAAUGUAAAGUGUUUUGUCUGAUUUUAUUUCCCCAUUUAAGAACAUAAACUACGAUAAGAUGAAAUAUGUACAGUUUCGUCAUUGAUAAAAUUGACAUCAGCUGUUUUAUGUUACUUGAGGCUUUAAAUUUAAAGAGUCGUUUUCAAAAAUUAGAAAUAUUUUGUUCUUUCGGGUAUAAACUGUAGUAGGUAUUAAUUGUUUAUUAGUGCCUGUGAUAGUUAUUUUUGUUAUUACUGAAUAGAGUUUGACGUUAGUAUUUGUUUGAAUUUUUU